CAAACUUAAAAGCAGACGCGAAACUCAUCACGUGAAAGGCGUUUCCUCUCGAGUCUUAAGCAGAUCAGUUUCUGAGUUCAUACGGGCUAAUGUCCAGGCACGAUGGACUACUUCUCCAAGUUCCUCCGCGCAACGCCCCAAGCCGCACCAAAGCCCGUUCAAGACCACGCAGCUGAAUUCAGCAGAUCAUGGAAUCUCAUCAAGACAAUACUCGAACACCCAGACGAGCGGCAGCUCACGAAGGGCAUCAAGUCCACUGAUGCCCCAGCCCACUUGCAGUCUAUGGUCGACGCCCUGGUGUGGGAAUCGUCCCGUACCGAAGAAGGCGCGACCGGUGCUUGCUUAGAAUUUUUGCUCAAGAAUGACGUUUUGGGUACACUCGUACGCCUCUCAGAACCCGACCGACCUUCUGGAAUCCAGGCCGAGGUGCUCCGUGCGGUUCAGAACAUGGUGAUCCUCAUGGAUGAGCAAUUCCUCGUGCACUCUGCCGUACACCGCGCUGUCUUGCGCCUCCUGCGCAACUGUGUCGGAGACGACAUCCAAGAACAACUAGACGGUCGGAGUAGGGUUAUGGGAGCUGCCAAAAAUGCCGUGCGGUGCCAGCCGUCUGAUUAUGAGCUUGAUCUGUUGAACCUGCUGUGUAUUUUGUGCAGCCGUAUCCGGACGUACCGCGAACUGUUAAUGAUCUUCUUCCAUGAUAAGCACUGGUACCAUUCGGAGCCGCUUUUCUCUGUUGAAGAAGAGGAUGAGGACGAAGAUGAGGACGAGGACGAGGAUAAGCCUGAGGACAAAAACGACGAGGAGACAGGGGAACGCGCAUCACCAACAUCUUCACAGGCCACAAUAACAUCCGCCCCUGCAUCUACACAUCCUCACAAGACAGAAUACGAGUUCCUCCUUUUCAACUAUCUACUUCGAUUUGUUCACCGCGAAGGGCAAAUCGGUGACUUUGCACGCGCGGGCUUACUCUUCCUCAUGGAUGUUGCAAUGUCCCCUGGGGAACCGAUACAUAGAUUAGCAGGGGAUGAACAGGGAUCAACUCCAGCGCCUGCAUCAGAGACAGCAGCUUCGGAUCCGAUUACAGAUGCCGCGCUUGCGUUGGCGGAGUAUAUCGUUGAUGGCGAUUUUUCAGACGUCCUUGGGGCGGGUUUAGGCGCUGUGUACUCUUUGCUUCCAUCGAAAUUGGAGAUAAAGUCACCAACUCAGGCUGAUGCCUCGCAUGGCAGUGGCAUGGUGCUAGGCAGCACUGGAUCAGAAACUGAAGAGGAGAAAGAGAACGCUGAAUUAUUGGUGGAGAAGAACCGUGCCAUAGGCCUCGAGGACUCUUCUAACCCAGACGUCAAAUCUCGCCUCGAUCACUUCCUCAAGUUACUAGAAUUUUUGCAGGACAUUCUCCGCAGAAACGGUGUCCAUGAUUCCCCCGAGUCCAGCCUCGAUGCGUCUGCGUUGGUAGGCACUUCUAUUGUGCACUCCAUACUGGAUGCCGUGCGCCGCAUCUUCCUUGAGAACGUCCUCUACCCAUCUGUGCUCGAGUGUUCUGAUCUCGAUGGCAGCGCUGUUGCUGUGAUGUCUUAUAUUGACAUCAUGAUUCGUACCCUUGAGCCAGGUCAGCUUUCUGAACUCCUCGUCGAAUUCCUCAUGAGUGAGGAUAAUGACGAUGCAUCCCGCUUACGACCACACCCUCGCAUGCUCAAUCUCAGCAGUGCUCCGCCUCGCGCUGCUGACCGCGCAACAAAGCUUCGCCGGCGCAAAAGUAGCGCGAUGGUCCUGCUCGAGAUGGAGGCUCCUGAAUCGCAGAAGCAGUCGGAAUACUUCACCACAAUGGGGCGAUUCACGCUGAAAGAUUUGCUCCUCUCGAAUCUGCGUUCGAAGAAUCAAGCGACGGUUGCAGCUGCUCUGCAAUUGUUCCAGUCGAUGCUGAGCCAGCGAUGUCACGUUUCGACCAGCGGGUUGUUCCUUGUCUUCCAUGAUACAAAUGCGACGAGCUACCCUGAGCCUGCUAUGAUUUUCCCGGAUGUCCCACAGAUUGCUGACGAGGAUAGCGAUGAAGAAGAGUUCGUUUAUCCUGGUGCAGAGGAUACCAAACCCUCUCCAAGCCCACAAAUGCCGCCCUUGCCCACAUUUGUCCAGCCAGAUAUAACAUUCUCAACGCACGAGCGUGAGAUGGGACUCUACCUCACACUGGUUUCCCGUGUCGACCCCUCACACAGCGAUGAUGCCUUCAGCACUGGCUAUGACCACUAUCUCCGCGACGCAGUGUCGUCUAUCCAAAACCAUAGCUGCUUCCAUAUACAUGAUGACGAAGACAUGGACGCACGCUCAAAGUUAAAGCAUCGGCUCAAUGUCAAUGACCCCAUUCUCUCGCUCGUCCUCGAGUCUAUGCGCACAUUCUUCUCAAACUCGCCAAAGAUGAAUAUCUCGCUCACAGGCGUGCUUGCGGAACUAGCUGUCUGCCCCAACCGUUCCAUCGCUGGGUGGCUUACAUGUGCUGUGUCAGAAGCAGCCGCAUCAUUUUCCGUUCCCUCACUCGAUGUAGAUGAUGGCCGGGAUGAUAGAUCCAUAGACUCUGUGAUCGACGAGAAGUUUGCGACAGAGACUAACAUACUUCCCGCCAUCAGACUCGAUGAACAUACCCGCCCUGUCGUACACACUAUCUUCCAGGGCCUCGUCGGCCAGCUGGAACGCUACCGGCAAUCAGUCGAAAACUUUGACCAAUAUCUUCUCGAACGGCGACAGGGCCUUCUAUUCUCUGAAAAUCUGACAGAUGCACUCACCCUCUCACUUGAACCGGUUCAAGACGCCGUGUCGCCUAACUUACCACCGUCUGGCUCUUGGGAUGUCGUUCAAGCUCCUGACACGCCUCCCCAACGCCCAAAGCCAAAGCCGAAGACCUCGGCUCUCGUAUCCUUUCUGACCCCGCGAAAAAGCAAGUCCGCCCCAUCCAAGGCGCCUUCUGAACCUCCAACGCCUCCUAGGUCGGGUAGCAAAAACGUCGCUGCAAGCCCAUUUGCUCCUCAUUAUCAGCGUACACGGGAUAUUGUCGUUGAACCAUUCGUGGCUCCUGUUCCCCAGUCGGGUCCUUGGACCUCAGCGCAGCCGUCGAAGUGGGACACGGAUGAAGAUGAUGUCUUCAGUGCUGGUAGCCAAUGGGGUGGGCAUGCGGUUACUCGAUCAGAGGGUGACUCGGAGGACUCAACUGAAGGGAAAGUAACGCAAGUGACGUUGUCGCAACUGCUGGACAAUGUUGUUGUUUUGGAGGAGUGCAUCAAGGAAUUGGUGGCAAUUAUUCAUGCCCGUCGUAGUUUAGGAAUUGAUCUAGUAAGAUACGUUUGAGAGUCUCACCUAUAAUGUCAUUAUCGCAUAUAGAGGUUGAAUGUAAUAGUUCGUCGCCGUGUAAAUUGUCGACAAUUGUCGACAUU